UGUGUGUCAGUAUCUACUGUCAAACUUACAUCCAGUUCUGUUUCAUAUUUUGAGAUUUUUAUGGUUGCGUCGUGACAUAUUGAGGAUUAUGGACCGUGGAACAGUAGAUACAAAGGAAUCAGUCAUGCAUGUUUCGUCCCCUGAGAAUUGUGACAUUGACAUUUUAGAAAAUGGAAGGACCGUCAAAGAUGUCAUAGACAAUAAAAUAAAAGAGCUUGGAUCUAUGGACAAUGAAGAGCCAUUCUACGUGGCAAAUCUAGAUAGCGUGUAUAAGAGACACCUCAGAUGGCUUACUAACUUGCCUCGAGUCAAGCCUUUCUAUGCAGUGAAGUGCAACAACACAGCAGCAGUUUUGAGGAUGAUGAGUGCUCUGGACACAGGUUUCGACUGUGCCAGCAAGGGUGAGAUCCAGAUGGCCUUGUCCCUCGGAGCGACACCUGAUAAUAUCAUUUACGCACAUACAACCAAACCACUGUCACACAUCAGAUAUGCCUGUGCUCAUGGAGUAGAUAUGAUGACUUUUGAUAGUGAGGAUGAACUCCUUAAAGUGUCUCGUUGUCACGCCAAGGCCAAACUGGUACUCCGCAUCGCAGUGGAUGACUCCAAGUCGCUGCUAAAACUCAGUUCAAAGUUCGGAGCCAGACUGGUGUCAGUCGGUAAGCUGCUGGAACGUGCUGGAGAGCUGGGCUUAGACGUCAUAGGGGUCAGCUUUCACGUAGGCAGCGGUUGCACUGGAGGUUCGACGUUCAAACAGGCCAUUGUAGAUGCCAGACAUGUCUUUGACAUAGCGAAUUUGCUGGGAUUCCAGAUGAGACUCUUGGAUAUUGGUGGAGGAUUUUCUGUGAUUGGGGACUUUCAAGAGAAAUUUGAAGAGUUUUCAGAAGUGAUUAAUGGAGCACUGGAUGAAUUCUUCCCGCCUGACAGUGGGGUGCAGAUUAUUGCAGAGCCGGGCCGGUACUACGUGGAAUCAGCCUUCACACUGGCAGCGAACGUCAUUGCCAAAAGAGUAGUCAGUGAUGAUAUGGAUGAACAAAGUGACGGAGAGGAAAACAACCCUGGCAGAAUGAUGAUGUACUACCUUAAUGAAGGAGUGUUUGGCUCCCUGAGUUGCAUUGUCUUUGACCCUGCUCACUCCAACUAUGAGCCAUAUCUUCACAGGGUUGUUGAGAGCAGCGAGCGGAGAUACCGGUCUGUUAUCUGGGGUCCAACCUGCGACAGCUCUGACAAAGUACUUGACAACUACUGGAUUCCUGAGUUGCGUGUGGGGGACUGGCUUCUCCUCGACAACAUGGGUGCUUACUCUGUCAGUGCGACGUCUGACUUCAAUAGCUUUGAAAGAGCGCACAUUUACCCUGUUGUGACAGCUGAGACCUGGCACUCCUUAAACCUUUCUCACACCUUCAACUACCGUUAAUGAGCUGGUAACACAUAGGUUGGAUAUUGGUUUAAUACACGUCCGAUAGGGAUGCUAUUAUUAUUAUUAGAGAUGGCCCGAUACCAUUUUUUGCUUCCCGAUAC